GAAUCUAUAUGAGGGAAAUAAUUUAUAGACCUAACUAUUUUUAUUUUUUUGGCUUAGAAUAAACAAAAAUAAAUUUAUAUUUUUUAUAUGGAGGUGUCAGAGAGAAAUGGGAACUUAGUCUUUGCAGUUAAUGGAGAGAGAAUUGAGUUAUCAUGUGUAGAUCCUUCUACUACUUUGCUUCAAUUCUUGAGAUAUCAUGCUUCUUUCAAGAGUCCCAAACUUGGUUGUGGUGAAGGUGGUUGUGGAGCUUGUGUUGUUUUAGUCUCAAAGUAUGAUCCUAAACUAAACAGAGCUGAAGAUUUUAGUGUGAGUUCAUGCCUUACACUUAUUUGCAGUUUAAAUGGUUGUGCAAUUACUACAAGUGAUGGCCUUGGUAACACUAGAGAUGGUUAUCACCCAAUUCAUCAAAGAUUUGCUGGUUUCCAUGCAUCUCAAUGUGGAUUUUGCACUCCUGGGAUGUGUAUGUCAUUUUACUCAGCUCUCAUCAACGCCGAUAAACAGAACAAUCAAGAUUCUCCACAAAAAGGAUUCUCUAAUCUAUCUUCAUUUGAAGCUGAAAAGUCCAUUUCGGGAAACCUUUGUCGUUGCACUGGAUACCGGCCCAUCGCUGAUGCCUGCAAGAGUUUCGCUUCUGAUGUUGAUAUAGAGGAUUUGGGAUUCAAUGCCUUUUGGAAAAAAGGAGAUUCCAGGGAAACCAAAGCGAGUAAGUUGCCUCCGUAUGAUCCAAGUAAGGAUCUUGUUAGAUUUCCUGAAUUCAUGAAAAGUGAAUCCAUCACACUUUUGGAUUCCACGAGGUACUCUUGGUUUAGUCCUGUUUCUAUAAAGGAGCUACAAGGCUUGUUGAAGUAUGGUCUGGCUGAAAAUGUCGGGAGCGUUAAAAUAGUUGUUGGUAAUACUGGCACUGGUUAUUAUAAGGAAACACAGCGAUAUGACCAGUACAUCGAUCUGAGGCAUAUCCCUGAACUUUCGAUCCUCAAUAGGAAUCACAAAGGAAUCGAAAUCGGAGCAACUGUGACAAUAUCUAGAGUUAUUUCAUUCUUGAAUGAGGGAACCAAAGUCAAUUUGAGUUUAUAUGGAGAGAUGGUGUCCCGGAAGUUGGCUCAACAUAUGGAGAAGAUUGCUAAUCCGUUUGUCAGAAACACUGCUAGUGUGGGGGGAAAUUUAGCUAUGGCACAGAAGUUUGGUUUUCCUUCUGAUAUGUCUACAUUAUUUCUUGGAGUGGAUGCUACGGUUAGUAUAUUGACCAUUCGAGGACAAGAAAAGGUUAAAUGGGAGGAGCUCUUAGCAAGGCCAGCACUAGACUCAAGAAGUGUGCUUCUAAGUGUCUGGAUCCCAUUCAAAAAGAGCGGCAAUUUUCUUCUGAACUUUCUGUUUGAAACCUAUCGAGCUGCACCAAGACCUCUCGGGAGUGCAUUGGCGUAUGUAAAUGCUGCUUUCUUAGCUGAUGUUUCUCCUCACAGGAAUGGAGUUGUGAUAGAUUCUAUCAGGUUGGCAUAUGGUGCUUUUGGGACAAAUCAUGCCAUAAGGGCCAAAACAGUAGAGAAAUAUUUAACCGGGAAGAUAUUGAACGUCAAGAUUCUGUAUGAAGCACUGAAAUUAGUCAAGCUAGAUGUAAUCUCUGAACCGGGGACUUCAUACCCCGAAUACCGGUCAAGCUUGGCUGUCAGUUUUCUAUUCAAGUUUCUGCAUCCUUUUAUGGAUGUGGAUUCUGCAAUUUCCAGUGGUUUGUUCGAUGGAAUUGGUGAAACUUUUUUAGAAGAUGGUUCUGGAAGUAAUGAUGAUGGUGAUACUAGUCAAGGAAAUACGCAGACAAUAAUAUCAUCUGGUGAGCAGGUUGUGGAAUCAAGUACCGAGUACUAUCCAGUUGGUGAACCGUUGGAAAAGUAUGGAGCUGCAAUGCAAGCUUCUGGUGAAGCUGUUUAUGUUGAUGACAUUCCAUCACCCCCGAACUGUCUACAUGGAGCAUUUAUCUAUAGUACAAAACCAUUAGCAAGGGUAAAGAGCAUUAGUCUCCAGCUCGAGUCUAAUACAUUGGCUGAUGGAAUUGUUGCUAUUAUUACAUAUAAAGAUAUCCCGAGCGGAGGGGAAAAUAUAGGUGCUUUGAGCCAGUUUGGUCCUGAACCUCUAUUUGCAGAGGAUCAUUGCGAAUAUGCUGGAGACCGAAUUGCUGUUGUGGUUGCUAAAAGCCAGAGGUCUGCUGAUGUGGCUGCAAGGACAGCUGUUGUUAAAUAUGACACAGAAGAUACAGCUUCGUCGAUUUUAUCUGUUGAGGAGGCUGUAAAGAGAUCAAGUUUUCUUCAAGGUCCCGUGUCUCUGGACACAUAUCCAAUUGGUGAUUUCUCGAAAGGAAUGGCUGAAGCUGAUCACAAGAUUCUUUCCGCUGAGUUGAGACUUCCAUCGGAGUACUACUUUUAUAUGGAGCCACAGACUACCUUAGCAGUUCCGGAUGAAGACAAGACCAUGGUUGUUUAUGCUUCAACUCAGUUCCCCGAGUAUACACAUAGUGUGAUUGCUCGUUGUCUUGGUGUUCCCGAGAAUAAUAUCCGUGUGAUAACAAGAAGGGCUGGAGGUGGCUUCGGUGGCAAGGCAAUAAGAAGCAUGCCAGUUUCCACAGCCUGUGCACUUGCAGCAUACAAGUUACGAUGCCCUGUCAGGAUAUACGUCAACAGAAAUACCGAUAUGGUAAUAAUAGGAGGAAGACACCCUUUGAAAGUAACAUACAGUGUCGGAUUCAAGUCAAAUGGGAAGAUCACAGCCUUAUAUGCUGAUAUCUUAGUAAACGGAGGAAUAUCGGAUGAUAUAACCCCUGUCAUAGCAGCUCAUGUAAUUGCAGCACUCAAAAAAUACAAUUGGGGUGCCUUUUCUUUCGAUAUAAGGAAUUGCAAGACGAACCUUACCAGCAAAUCAUCCAUGCGAGCACUCGGGGAUGUCCAAGGAUCUUAUAUCGCAGACGCUAUAGUAGAACACAUAGCGAGUGUACUGAAAAUGGAGGUGGACUCUGUCAUCAGUCAAAAUAUUCAUACUUACGAAAGCCUUAAACUAUUCUACAAGGAUAGCGCAGGCGAAUCAGGAGAAUAUACCUUGCCUAGUAUCAUGGAUCAGUUGGCUACUUCCUCAAGAUUCAUCGAUAGAAGAAAGAUGGUUGAUCAAUUUAACCAGAAAAACACAUGGAAGAAAAGGGGCAUUUCUCGAUUGCCAAUAGUGCAUGAAGUUAAUCAACAUGCAACACCAGCAAAAGUAAGCAUUUUGCAGGAUGGAUCAAUAGUUUGUGAAGUUGGAGGGGUUGAAAUUGGACAAGGAUUAUGGACAAAGGUUAAACAGGUGAUCGCGUAUGCUCUUAGUUUAAUCGAGAGAAGUUGGAGCGAAGAGCUUGUGGAGAAGGUCAGAAUCAUACAAAUAGACACCUUAAGCUUAGUGCAAACUGGAUAUACUGCUGAAAGCACAAAGUCUGAAUCAAGUUGUGAAGCGGCUCGACUUUGCUGUAAUAUCCUGGUUCAAAGACUGACACCCGUGAAGGAAAAACUUCAGGAAAAAAAUGGUUCUGUCGAUUGGACAACACUGAUUCGCGAGGCAGAAACUCAACAAAUCAAUCUACAAGCACAUGCUUAUUUUGUUCCAGGUUCAAGUUCCGGGCAAUAUUUGAACUAUGGUGCUGCUGUCAGCGAGAUUGAGAUAGAUAUUUUGACAGGACAAUCAAGAAUUAUACAGUCGGAUAUUAUAUAUGACUGUGGUCAGAGCUUGAAUCCGGCUACCGACUUGGGACAGAUUGAAGGGGCAUUUGUACAAGGAAUUGGAUAUUUUAUGCUUGAAGAAUAUCUUACAAACGAAGACGGAUUGAUGGUUACAAAUAGCACUUGGACAUACCAUAUCCCAACAAUUGACACCAUACCUAAAUGUUUAAACGUUCGUGUGCUAAACAGUGGACAUCACAAAAAACGUAUUCUAUCGUCUAAAGCUUCUGGUGAACCACCAUUGCUUCUAGCAGCUACAGUCCAUUCUGCUACAAGAGCAGCCAUUAGAGAAGCAAGAAAACAGCUAAAAAGUUGGGACAAACUCGUUGAGUCCGAUUCGAAAUUCUAUCUGGAUGUACCUGCCAUAAUGCCUGUUGUAAAGACAACUUGUGGCCUAGACUAUGUAGAGAAGUACUUGGAAACUUUGAUCAACAAACCAUCCACCUAAAUUUUUCGAUUUAGAGGGUACUAUUUGUUGCCUGGAUUUUAACAAAACGUGUUCUAACGUCCCUUAAUUCUCAUGUUGCUAUGGUACGAGGGUCGAUUGGAGCACCAAUGCUAAUAUUGCAACUGUUCGAUGGCUCGGAUUUUAUGUCAAGGUACUCUAAUGUCUAGAUGAAGCUAAAUAGUUACUACAAUAUAUUUUGCUUCAUAGUUGUAUUGAUAGAAAUAUGAACAAAUUUCACUUUGUUAUUUAUGUGUAUAAAGACCUUAUACUAUAACCUAUAAUAUAUAUAUAACAGUAAAAAUGUACUAUCGUUCCCUCUUUUA